AAUGCAUUGUCAUACGGCGCAAAAGACCAGUCUUUUGUAGAAAAUUGGAGAGCCGGAACGGUAGUUGCCCUAGCGUGAUGAAAGUGCUAUUGUCCUAUAUCAUGAAUACAGACGAAGAGCGAACCAUAUGCCACAUGUUCCUCAAUGAUCUUAUAUAUGUCGUUGUGUAUGAUCCGCCAUUCUGAGAGAACCACUGAUCUGUAUUAGGCAUGCCGACUGAUCAGUGGUAAACAGAAUUCAGUGUCUGCGACGGAAGGUGUCUCUUUAGAAGACAAUUUUAACCAUGUCAAUGUUUUUUUUUAUCGGCAACAACGUUGAUUUGAUUUGAAUUGGCAGCCAUCCUCCAAAUUAAAGCCGUCUUCACCGAGUUGAAACUUUAAUUGAAACAGACGCAACGAACUUGUAUGGACACGAUAACUUUUUGAGUUUGCGUUGUAUUCAUACACGCAAUCGAGCUGAUCCAUUGUUGACUGAAAGUGGUAGAACUGUCCCCUGCACUAGCUACUUCUACUUCUAUGAAGACACUCGGCAUGAUCAAUAGGUCAGGAUGUAGUGCUUUAAGGAAUGAACUUGGAUGCUGAUAAAGCCAUCUUGAAGACAUCUUGAAUAAGUGUACUUGCUCUUGUUUGCCGUGAUGUCACAGACCGAUAUUUUGAUCGACACCUUGGAGGACACAUUAAAAACCUAAGUAAUGCGUGAUGAUGAUGACACGAUGACUCGGUACACUUGCGGAAAAACUCUGAAAAUUGUGUUCGGGGCAUCGUAUGUCCUGAUGGUGUUUCUUGUAAUCAAACACCAGCUUCGUGCCUAUCCUGGAGUGAAACCCAGGAGCGUGUAUGACGAUGAUCUACGGCCCCCUUCCCGCGGGGCGGACCGUGCGCCACUUAGCCAUGGACGGUCGCGUGAUGAGAUGUCGGGCAACCGCUUAGGCUACGAUGACGGUGGCGUUGACAACAUCCGUGUCAACGGAGGUGUUCGUGAAUCCACACGAAUGAAGAUUCAAACUACUAAUGAAGAGGAUGCCGUAUGGGACAAACUUCUGCUUGGCCCAGCGAAGUCUCCUUCGAAAUCAAAUUCCUCUUCGGGGAAACCUGGCAAGGGGGUUUAUAUCUCGCCAAAGCUGCCAGAUUACAGACCCACAGAUAUAUCGGAUCUGUUCAUCGGCGUUAAGACGACCGGGGCGUACCACAGCAGCCGGGUCCAGCUCAUUCUGGACACCUGGCAUUCGUUUGCUCCAGAGCAGAUAUAUUUUUUCACCGACGUGAAAGAUCCUGUUUAUCAGGAGAAAACGAAUGGUCACAUGGUCAACACUGAUUGUCCAGAUACGCACAAAUUGACCGCCCUUGCCUGUAAAACAUCAAGCAUAUUCACCAUGUUUGAAAAGAUAAAAGACAAAAGGUGGCUGUGCCACGUUGAUGACGACAACUAUCUAAAUGUUCCAGAGCUGUUAAGGUUCCUGAACCAUUUCGAUCACCACCAAGAGCUUUACUUCGGGCGAGAAAGCAUCAAUUACCGGACGCUCGCAAUAGAUAGAGAUACAAAUGAGACAUAUAGGUUCUGGUUUGCAACAGGAGGGGGAGGAGUUUGCUUCAGCCAGCCUCUAACUUACAGGAUGAUGAAGUAUACAAGCAAAGGUAAUUUGGCAAAAACUGCCGAGAAGAUAGGUCGACCGGAUGACAUCACUAUUGGAUUUAUUGUAGAAAUCUUAUUGGGGAAGUCCUUGACGAGAGUUCGCAAAUUCAAUUCUCAUAUCCAGAAGAUGUCCGACAUUCCAACGCGUGAUCUCAUAAAGCAGAUUACCCUGAGUUACUGUCUUAAUGAUAGGAGAGAGCUAGGACCCAAUGUGAUCGAUUUUCGACCGAUAAUGGAAGACGAUCCUACCAGAUUUAAGUCAUUCCACUGUUCCUACUACCGUAAAUUUGGCGGUACCUGCCCUUACGACUAAUCAUUUGGGCAAGGCCCGGCAAGGACUGACCAAGGAUUGACUAGUCACUGAUUGUAUCUGCUGUCCUGAAAGAGACAGCUAUUCCAGGAGGGACUGCUGGAAAGCUAAUAGAAAUCAUUGGUAUACGCUCUCAUUUUUUUAAAACCAACCUAUAAGUUGGUUAAACAACUGUUGCCUAAAACAAGAUCGCAUGCAAAAUACAUUGGGAUAUUUUUUGCACACCAUUGGUAGGUUCAUGUUUUAAUCACCUUUUAGGUUGGUU